UGUCAUCCACAACUGGUUUACCUGCGUACGUUUUUCACCGUCGAGCCAUUUCGCCACGACAGCUGGGUUUGAACCGAAUUUCCUUGGCGAGCGGCCUUCCCUGCCAAAUUGGCAUUCCCUGCUAUAUGCCAUUACUUUGAGAUAGUACCAUCUAGACACCGAGACUAUCCACUAACGAAUCCGGAGGCAAAGACCCCAAAGCAGCUGCACUUGUAAACCUCUUCAGCAGCAUUAGCUGCAUAGCCACAGUUGUGACGUGAUAUAUAAUACGUGUCCUAGCUUGCACUGGCUAGCUAAGCAAGCUGGUCGCGAGCAGUGGCAUUUCUUAUCGAGCUCGAGGCCGGAGCCUUCGCUGCCAAUACUUGAAGGAGCAAGCAAGACAGACAGCUGGGGAGGGCCAGUAGAAAAUGAACCCUGGUCAACCGGUCGACAUGCAGCCCCAAGCCUUGGCACCCGCGCCAGUCGGCACGGGGCAGCCUGGGCAGCCAGGCGUCGCGCAGCAACAAAAGCCUCGGCGCAGGGUGCUCACGUCUUUAGGCUUUCAAAUCUUUAUCUUCUUUGGGGGCUGGUGGGACGUCAUAUACUACAUCCUCAACAUCCUCGUCUUCGUGUACAAGGGCCUCCAGCUGCCCUACCCGAAUCAGAACUUCGCCAUGGAGUUCAGCUUUUCCUGGCUGUGGAUCCUGAUUGAGAUCCCGCGCCUAUUCCUGGCCUCCAAGGGCAACAAGACGGAGCGCUCCACGCCCAUCAUCCUCAGCUUCAUCCUGGCGCUGCCACUGCUGGGCAUGUACAUCUACUUUGUGGCCUUCCAGACAUAUGUGUUAAAAAUCGACUUGUUCCUGAACGGCGCCGCACUCGCGUUCGUCGGGAUACAGGCGCUCCACAAGUGUGUGACAUUACAAAGGGAGAAGCCCGAGUAGGGCCAUUGUCCAGACGUCCCAUGC